AUGGUGUUCAUGGCGACGAUUUUAUCUCUCGAUGAUCAAACGGGUGACAUGCCUGACAAUCUUCAGCUUGCUGACGGCGAAAUAUCCAUCGCCUUCUGGUCUUUCGUGUUUGUAUUGCUUCUCAUUGUAACCGUGUGGUUUUACAUCACACAAAUCGCGCCCAUGCGAAGGUCUGUGCGUCAAGUCGAAGAGGAAGUUGACAAAGAAGAAGAGGUCGCAAAGAGAAUUCUUGAACAUUUAAGCAAUGAUUUGCGGUUUAAGAACGAAAAGUCGAAAGAUGAAGGCUCUGAAAAUACUUCUCCUGUUCAUCUUACGAAAAUAACAGAUUCCAGCAUCUAUGAGUACGUAGACGACGAAAUCCAUAUUCAUUACUCGCAGUACGCAUGGGAUGAUGACAGUUACAACACAAAUGAUUUUCCAGUUGCGACUGGAACCGCUCGAAGACAUUCAAUGGAAAAUAUGGACCUUAUUUUUCCCGGGGUUUUACCGAGUAUUGUUGAAGAAGAGGAAUUAGAAGAGGAAACUGACACCGAUGUCAGUGAGAAAUCACAAGAAAGCGGCGAUUUUGAUGGUGAUCAAUAUGCGGGGGACUUAACUAAUUUUUCUACGAUUUACAAGCCGAACGGUAACAACAAUGUGGAGUCAAUAAAUAGCUUACUAAACAAGGAGCAAAAUAACCUUGAGUGCGGCGAUAUAAAUAUUGUCAUAUCUUUGGACAAUCAGGAGUUGCAAGCGAAAACCUCAGGUACGAAACAAGAUCGCAUGUUAAAUGAUGAUCAGCACGGUAACAGCAGUCACUCGCUGUACUCAUCGGCGGAAGAAAACAACGUACUGAACGUUAAUUCGUCAAUCGAAACUGCAACAAAGCAGCAAAAAAACGGCUCUUCGUUUUCUUCCCGGACUAACAAUAUUACUCAAGUAGAAAAUACAAAAAACUGCAAAAUUAGCACUCCAACUGCAGAGCCACGUCACACCAACAAAGAAUUCGAGAGCGUGAUGGCAAAAGUAGAUUUCACUUCCGGUAGCGUCGACACUAAUUUAGACAAAGACGACAACUGCUCACAAAUCAUCCCAGGAAUAUCGCACGACGAUGUGAUCGAACAAACUUCAGUGUUUACAUUAUCUAGCUCUGACCUUAAGCCAAGUUUCACACAAGAUGCAAAUGAGUUUGAAGAACAUGAAGUUAAAAUAUGCACAUCUAACAUGCAGAAAAUUCCCUGUGUCGCCGAGGAUCAACAUUCCGCACAUGAUUUCCGCUUAAAACAUGUAAUAAAUCCAGAACAUGUUGUGAACAACAACCUUUCUGAAGAAGUGAACAAAGUUGUUAUGGAACACACCGGGGGAUUAACAGGAAGAAGUCAAGUCGGAGAACUCCUUUUAUUAAAUGGCUUUGGCGAUGACAUAGCUGAUUCUAAUGGCCACACAACCCACGCUUGGACAUUUUUUGCUAUGUCGGGUGGCGAUGAAACAACGACGCCAAAGAAGACAAACUUAAAGGAGGACGUUCAAUCAGAUAAAAUGGAAAUUCCAUCAAUUAUCGUUGACUCUUAUGACGAGAGUUUACCGAUUGAUAAGUCGAUUGUUGAUGUGGACUCAAAGGUUGUCAUGAAUGGACAUGAAAUAACCUCGCAGUAUGGCGAUUCCUUUGAAACUGACAUUGAUAUUGAUGAUAUUGAUUUGAGCGAAAGUGAUAACUUAGACAACGAAGGUGACUUUAGCAUUUAUUUUAAAAGACACGUCUCUGUUACAGACUUAGAUAAAAUUCUGGCAGAGGAGGGACAAGAUGAUGUAAACUGUAAUGCUGGCGAUGUUUUGGAAACAGAUCUGUCAAUUGAAGACCUUCAACGAGAGCAACCUGAAAUCGACAUACCAAGGACUAGUAAUGAGGUAUUGCAAAAGACGGAAAUGGAUAAUACGCUUUCAACGAUCGAGAAAACAUGCAUGGAAGACGAAAUGGACACGAGUAUUGAAAAGUCUAAUAUUGUUAGUACAACAUUAAGUGAUAAUUUAGAAAUGCAAGCAGGAAGCGAUGAGGACCUUGAUGAUACCGACUCAAGCGAUGAUUCCCUCCCUAAGAGUUACACGGUAGAGUCGUUGUUUGACGAUGUUUCGUUCCAAAAGGAUGGUGUUUAUGGUGAAUUAGUACUGUCCCAGCUUAAUGAAAAUCAUGGCAAUAAACCGGACGAAAGUAGUUUCGAUCCUCAUGGUGACGAUUGGCACGGAUUUUCGGAGGAAAUCAGGCGUGAGCGAAAACCAUUUCUUUUUACAAUUCCCGAGGACGAUGAGAUUGGACUCGCAGAAUUUGACAGCAUCAUAGAAAACUGUUUUGUUGGAGCAAUGGAUAAUCCCAUUUAUGAUAAUGAGGUAACCCGUACCAAGGCAACCGAGCAAGAGAAACUAUUAAAUGCUCCUAUAGCUACAGUGGAAACUUUUGACUCUGAUCUUGAUCUAGAUGAAGUUGAAGAAAGCAAUAAAUCUGAAAAAGAAAUAUAUCAAGGAGAAGCAACUGAGAAUAAGCAGCAGACGCUGGAUUUUGUCGUGACAAAUGACGCUGAAACGGAAAUAGACAAAAAGGAUGGUGUGACGGAGGGCAAGAACAAAAGCAAUGGCGUGACUGAAAAUAGUGAGAACAUUGGUAUUGCAAACGUCGAACAAGGAACAGUAACGACAAUUAAAACUGAUUUUGAUCUUGAGGAAAUGAAACCUAGCAAUAAUUCCGACAUAGAGAAACACCAUAUAGAAACCGCUAAGGAUGAAGAGAUUCUGGAGAACAGAACUGAUGAAAGCGUUAGUGAAACUACAAACAGAGUUGAAAGCGUGAAGAAUCUGGCGGAGGGCAAAAACAAAGACCCUGAAGAAACUGAUCCUCAAAUGAACGUUUCCAAUAGAAAUGACGUGAUUCAAAGAAGUGGGAAAAGUAGUGAUGAAAAUGUUGAGGCUAAAGACGGUCCAAGGUCAGUGAAAAUUGUGAAGAAGAUCAAAAUAUUUGUCAGGAAAGAGGGUAAUAUUAUGGAGGACUUAAUUGUAGGUGCAAAGCAGGUCACUGAGGAUGUUGCGAUGAAAGAAGUGGAUGAAAAGAUUAUUCCCGCGUGUCGCGAAGCCAGUAACCAUCAUCCAUACGAUGUUGUUAAAUCAGAAAUUUGCCCAGUUGAUCAGUUUAUGAAGUGUAUGACCUUUCAUGAGGAAAAGUGUAAUCAUACAGAGAUCAAUGCCAAGGACUUGGAGGUCGUAACCAAGACAGGCCAGUAUUUUUCUAAUGAACCCGAACCCAAAACAGUGCCACGCAUGACUGAAACUCAAGGCUCAACCGCACGUCAGCAUCUUGUUUCUGUCGACGCGAAUGGCCUGGCAGACACCGUCGAUGACACAAUAGAGGCUCAAGUAUUACCUAUGGAGGCUCAAGAUUCAGAGGGUGAAAUUAAGUAUGUUUCCGCCUCAAACAAUCAAGUAAAUACCAAAGCAGGGCCUGCCUUGAAAGUCCUGACUGAAAAUGAGGAGACUCUCUUGUCACCCAUGAAUGUCCAUGCUCUUGGCAGCGAGGUCACCCAGUUUUCAACUCAAAACUCGGUAGAAAAUAAUAAUGUGGCGAUUGUCGUAGGACGGAAGACAAGAGUCGUAGCUAACACCAUGGAGACGGAAAUGUCACAAGUGAAAGCCCAGGAAGGUACCACCUCUAAAGAUGUUACGCCAGCAGCAAAGGGAAUAAAUAAAACGACAAAAAUUAAUGUUAAAGAAAAAGCAAGUAAGACCGCUGAAGAUUCAAAUAUGAGUAACAAGAUUGUCUCGAUGCACCCUUCUACUCAGUCUCAAGAGUGUUCUUCCAUAAAAAUAAACGUUUCUGACGUUCGAGGAAAACUUACGAAAAUUGGAAACAGAGAAAACAAGCAGGUAUGGUCUUCCAGAGUAUCGCCCCCAACAGCUUUGGAAACAGAACCUCGUAAGGUAUACCUUUCCUCUUGCAAUAUACGCCUUACCAAAAGUCAUGAAGAUCUUAGACUUGUUGAAAGAACGCCUGGAAGAAAACAAGAAAGUAUUGAAGAGGAAGAGGUACCUGACACGCAAUCGUCGCAAAGUGAAGGCUCACCAACGCCGACGCCCCCGGAAUUGAACCGUCCUUUCUUAGAGGAUGAUGUGUUCAAGUCGGUUGAACCUCCCUCUGUUCACACGGCAAAAAUUACUGUUCAAGAGGUUGUAGGUGACAGGCAAAGGAUUGUAAUUCUGAAUGUGAAGAAGAAGGUUCAUGGCAAAGCAAGAUGGAAGUCGCUUAAUGACCUUGACUCUCUGAAGAUGGCCUUGUCUCCACGGCGAAGUAGCGAUUUAGGAAUAGGCUUUGCAGGUGUUCCCGAGGAAGGAGAAAGAAUCGAAGAAAACAACAUGAAAAGUGAGAAGAAAGCUUCUAUACAGAUUGUACCUGUCGUCGAAGUAAAAUCUCGGCGAGACCGCAGAUCCCUGCCUGAGAUUCAGCCUACAGGACAACUUGUCAAGGCACCUGUCCUCAGUGCAACUGCUCAACAAAGUUGUGAGACCCUGACAGAAAGUGAAGUUGAAAAGACCUCCAAAGAUAGCGUUAUGCCUGUAUUACACGAAGAACCACUGCAAAAUUGUCAACCUGUGAUAGAAAAGGAAACACAUGCCUAUUCAAAGUCUAAGCUGCCCAUAAUUAAAGCUACAGCACUGCAGAAUCGUGAAACCAGCCCUGGAAGUAUGAAACAAUCAGAAAUAUUCAAGGCUACUGUUACAUCAACAGUUGAAGAGAACAUUUUUAAAACUAGCAAAACUGAAGUGGAGGCUAAUGUAAAGGUUGAGAAUCAGCCUGAAAUAAAAGCGCGCGUUUCACGAACAUACCCAGAAAAAGUUAACAAACCGUGGAUAGGUAGCGCAUUGGUUGCAGAAGAAAAUAUACAAAAUACCAAACCACCGAAAAGAAUAACCCGUGUGCAUGAUAUAUCACGAGCUGAAAUUAUUCCGAAAUUAGAGAAAGAGAGCGUGACCAAAAUUGCAGAUGAAACCACCAAAGGAAACAAGAUCAAAAUUCACGUAUCUCAUCCGUUAUCGUCGCCAGAUAUGAAGAUGGAUUUUAUCCAGCCUAGCGUACCUCCUUUUGUAGAAGAUGUCCUGCAGAAAGGGCUGAAAAUCGAAAGUGGUGCACCAGAGAGAUCUUCUACGUUAGACGAUAGUCGGCGGCAAGAACGUGAAUCUGGGUACGGAAGCUUGGGCCUAAGUCCGUCUGCGUCUGUUAAUACACAAGUAAAUAGUGUUUUUGUUCUAGAGGGAGCCAACGAGCGCAGCAUAAGCAGUCUUAGCAGUAUUGAUGACGAGGAGUUCGGAGGAGAAACUCUUGGAGAGAGUAAAAUUAUGGUUACAGAUUUGGAUGCCUUGUUAGCUCAGCAAGGUGUUCAACCACCAGCUAGUUCGGACUUAAAGAAACCAGAGGUAAAAGAAAAAGUUCGAGUUCUGGCGCGUAUGGAACCGGUUCCAGAAAAGGUUGUUCGAAUCAACAAAGAGGAAGACAAUGAUGGCGUGGUUAUUCGGCACGUCAAACACGAAGAACCUAUCGUUGUACAACCAAUCAUCAUAGCUGACACAGCUGAGCAGGAGGAAUCUCAAGUGAUUUCUGCGUUCUUAGUCAACGAUGGAUACGAUGAUGAUGAGCUCGAUGAAGUAUUUUUGGAGGAGUACACGCCGUAUCACGAACCUGAUAGGUCCUCCAGUCGCACACACAGCAGCGAUGCAGAUUCAGAAACCUCAUCUGUAAGCAGCUUACCGCAUAAGCACCGACAUCGACAAACAAGGGCAGCACUCGAAGCUGGAAAGAGUGGAAUGAGAAAUCGCACCGAAUCUAGUGGUUCGUCUAAAACAGCUACCCCUGUUGCAGAGUUAGAGAAUGAGGGUGCAUCAACUUCUUCUAGAUCAAACACGCCCAAAAGCAAUGGGUACGAGAUCUCGCGGGACGAAUCGUUUGCAAAUCACUCACCUGAGCAAACGCAUAACGUGAAAAUGGAGAAGCCAAGGGACUUUACCUCUGCUUUUACUCCCGCUUCCCAAACAGCAGAAUUUCGGCGUCCACGAGCAAGGUCUCACGGUCAUAAGUCUGACGAGGAACUUGUUGUUCAAAACAGACUUCUCGGAGAUAGUUUCCAGGACGUUAAGACAUUUCCAGGGCUCAAUAUUGACAAAGAACGCUUUAAGGAGGCCGCUGACAGUCGCAAAUCAAUGCCUGAUCUGUCUGUUAGAAAAGAUCAAACGAUAAACGACUCGCCAUAUCUGCGCGGACUAAGUGCACACACUCGCAAGUGGCUCAGUCAGAAUGUUUGGAUGGAUCCAAAUGGGCCACAGGAGGAGGAAGACCUCAUGACUUCAGACAUGUUCUUGUACCCGUCCAAUCGCUUUCAGCCAGGAUCAAACAUUGAUGCUAGUUUCCUAUCGUUAGCCAAUGAAAGAGACUUUCCUGAUGAUAUAUCGGUGUCCACGUUAUCAACUCGUCCUCAAAGCCCAAUGUCAGAGUUUUCGUUUGCUGGGGAGACACCCUACUGGGGACUUCGUAGAGGUUCAACAACCGUGAUCAAGUGUUCGAAUCCGCGGUGUGAAAAAGAAGAGGUUUUGUUUACCGGCGAGAAAACCACCUACACUUCUUGUCCUGCUUGUUUUACCUACUACUGUUCGCGUACUUGUAGACGUAUGCACUGGACUGAACAUAAGAAAGUCUGCUUCUUUGGUCGAAUAAACAGUUACAUCCGUUCGUUUAUUUACCUCUGUCAUAAGAAGGAGAGUCUGAAAUUCCAGCUUUCUCAGACAGCUAAAGAUGGCUACAAAAAGAAGGGUCGUGGCAGUGUUAUGGUGACAUUUGCUUCUGCACAGUUGGCCAGAAAGUUCAUGACUAGCGGCUGCACAUUUUUCCCCAGCCCUCCAACGUACUCCUCAUUAGUUAAUGUCCGUGCAGAAGGAGUCAUCAGUAAACAUAAGAUCUCGUUAAUGCAGCACGUCCAAGACUACCAACCCGAGGAAGAAUUUGUUCUUAAUCUCGCUAUAAUUGCUGGUAAAAUGGAGGAUCUUCCCGCCAAUCCUGUGCCGCGAAGGAAAGUUAGUACUGUCCUUCAAGUAAUUAAGAUUCCUUUAAGCAGUAAACUCAAAGAGACGCCGCCUGCGGCUUCUCUUCCAAAUGACCCGAAUACUGAGAUAAAGGUUUUCUAUCUACCGAAGUGUUCUCGCCACGAAUUUGUCACUGACAACGAAGCCCGCAGGCAUUACUGCAGAAACAUUUCCAAGAAUCUGAAGCAGUAUGGAAUUCGACUGAAACAUGACUAUCCGGAUGUGUAUGAGAAGCUUUGCCGGUAUGUGGAUCAAAAUAUUCACUUCACUGAACCUCUCACGGUGUACGGAAACCAUGGAAAAAAGAUUGUCAUGUGUAAAAUAAUGCCUGAGACUGGGAAUGAUGAGACCAAGACUUAAUACAGCUGUGGAAGGUGUCAUCAGGUAAGGCUGGCCUCUUCGUCAUUACAUUAUGGGUUGGGUCACCUCGUAAUCGUAAUCAUAUCGGCACAAAGGCACCAUUCCUAUUUAUACGCUCCGCAAUUAUUUGGUGCUUAACUUUGAACUCUCAGAGUACAAAUUUAUGGUUGACUUCUCAGAUAAUUUGUGUGUGUUUUGUUUAGCAUAGCGCACACCCCUAAAAAGGUUUACCAGGUCGUUACGCAUGUGAAAGCCUCGAAAAUGGUACGGAAGAAGCUAUGAAGAGAAAAGAAAAGGAAACGAUCGCGACGUUCUAAAAAUUUCUUUUGGAGAAGUUAUAUUUCAUUUUGGCACAUGUCUGUCGGUUAAGAUCGUCAGUAACUCUUUUUGACUAACUCCCUGCAGCUCGCUGGCCUAGUUUUUAGUCCUGUAAUAUUUUGAACAGACAAAUUGAAUUUAUUAUUAUAGAGACUAGUUGAUUGUUAAGAUAUCAAAUUUCAAUGAUAGAUACGCUUUUUAAAAUUAGUCUUUAAAUAAGAAAGUAUCUGGUACGAUUUAUGAGGUACAAUACUUGAGAUUAUAAAAAUGUACGUAAUAUUGUAUAUAGAUGAAGAAAGGAUUUUCUUCAUUAUUAAAUUUAUUAUUUCCUCUCUAAUUUUAGGUUUUCUUUGCCUUCAUCCAUAUCAUAUCACGUGUACCAUAAAAUAUUUAGUGGCAACUGAAGUUGCUUUGUUGUAUAACUUUAUUUUAACCUUUUUGUUUUUCAGACCUUAUCUUCUAACAACCCCAUGCUAAGCCUUGCAGAGCAGACUAGCUUCUAUUCAACGACGCCACGCGGUUAAGGUGGCUUACUGUCUUGAAGAUUCAGUUUCGCUGAAGGGGAAAAGUCGUAUUAGGCCAAAUACGCCUCCUGAAGAAGCAUUUUUAAACAACUUCCUAUCCGAAUUAGUUGUUUAUUUAGAGUAUCUGUUUAUCAGUUGUCUCAAUAUCAAAUUGCACGAAUGGACGAUUAGUUUUAAUUGGCUGUUGCAGCAAAAAAUAUCUUUUGCGAUAAAACAGUUUGCAUUAGUUAUCGGACAGGCGAAAUCGGUCAGUUAAACAGCUAGUGAAGAUUUAAACUGGAAAUACCUAUCCUAACCUAUUUUAACCAAUCACAAUGAAGGAAAAAUCCUGAAUUAGAGCUUCAGUUUGAGAAUUAACUUGUCCAAUCAUAAAAAGACUUUUAAGCGAUGUCUGUGCUUUGGAAAGUUGUCCAAGCUGGAAGUCACUGUGUAAGUUUACGUAAUAACUGACAAGAGAUAUUCAUUACUCAGAGUUUUUCUUAUUCUGGCAUUGAUACAACUAGAAGCAUAUAACUUACCUUUGUCUGGUAGUUCAGGGAUAAUCGUGUUCGUAAUUUCAAAUCACCCCAUUCUUCCGGGAAUGCCUUUCUCAGUCCAUUACUUCACGUGGUCGUUGUUAUUGAAAUCCAAAAGAAAACUUAUCUGAUUUUAGACAUAAUAAUCAUGCAGAUGUUUUAUCUAUACAAGAAACAAGAAAUGAUUAUGCAACAAUAUCAUUCUAAAUAGAUGCCGUUUGGAUUUCAUGAAGUUUUCCAUUUAGAGCACAGCAGCAAACGUUUGAUCAUACAUAUGACUUUCUAGCGGUUUUUAGGGUUAGUGACUAGAAAAAAUUAAUUUAAUUUUUCACAUGGUUUUUAGCAUUUUCCGUUAAACAUCUCUCAAAACAAACAGGCUGGGUCGUUUAAACGCAAAAUAGCGCGCAUGAUAAUGGCGAUCAGACAAGGAUUGCAACUACGAAACGUAGCCAACAGGAUUGUCGUAAUGUACAUGCUUGCGCAAUCUUACUAUUGUGCUUGUCUUUUAUCAGUGAUGUAUCCAUUACAGGGACGUUUGUUUACGGGUUGAUAUUCUUAGUAAAUUGCAACGAAAUAAGGACUUUUUGAAUUCGUAUAACUGAUGUUGUUAGGCUUGCUUUCCAUAUUAUCGACUGGAUCCCUUGAGUCGUCUCAAAUUCGUUCAAGUGAUACAGACGACCACAUGGGAACACCUCUAAUUUGAUGCGCGCCGACGUUUGUUUCGACCGGAGCAAUUCCCUGGAUAGGACCGCCGCAUAUACAGCUAUUUCUAAAAAGGUUGUCGGAAAAACUGUGCACGCGACAAUCCCAAAAGGUAAUAUGGGAUAUGAAAUACGUCCAUGGCCUCUCUUGCUAUUGUUUGAAAUUUCUUUGAAAAACAGUGAACUAAAAACCACCCACAAUACCUUUCGGGAUUGUCGCGUGCACUUUUUCCGACAACCUUUCUCGAAAUAGCUGUAUAUAUAUCUACAUUAUCUUACAGUCGUCAGUGUGGUGUCCAUCGUCUCAAUGUUUUCAAUAGAUCGAUACCGACGAUGUUGACGAUAAUAUGGAGACCAGGUUUUGAACAAUUUUGUUUAUUUAGCAUGAAUAUAGUAGUAUUUGCAUCGAGUUUAGGAAGCGAAUCUGUGCAAAAGUGUGAAAUUGUUAUACAUAAACGCAAACAGAGUGAACAUUUACAACUGUAGACUCGAUUAACAGCCGUUAAGCGCUCUUGCGAGAGCAGGAAUAAAACUGGACCCGGCCCUUAAACGGGUGGAAAUCCGCGGCGAACCUAUUCCCUGGGAUUAACUUAAUCAUUUUGAUGCAUUAACACUUGGUAACCUUUGAAACAUGUAUAUAUUAUUGUCUAUUUACCGCCCCGCUGUAGUCAAGGCAUACAUUUUGAAGUAGCUAGCUAUCGAAUAGUUUUUAUUUAUGUGUCAAGACGAUUGCUAUGUAAUCAUUCCUAAAAAAUAUUGGUUAUGGUAAAACAACACGUAAAUAAAGUGUUACUGUGAUCAAUUUAUUGGUUUUAAAACAAUGUUGCUUUGGCGACAUCUAAGACGAAAUCACUUUUCGAGGGGGUAGAUGUGGAGUAGAAAAAGGGAGCUUACCCCCUAGGUCUUGAUCGUAAAAAGGCAAUUAAUUAAACACGCUUAUUAUUAUUAUUCUUUUUUUUUCUGUUUCCACAAUCAAAGAUAUAAAAAACUGACCCGCAG